UUCGAGAAAAUGAUUCCGUUUAUGAAGACAACUUUUUAUUCUAGUUUUGUUAUGGGCUUUGUACGUCGGAUCACGUGUCUUCCGACGUCAUCGGUCAGAGCAGCAGUGAGCAGCAGGACAGGAAGACUGGGAGUAAAGGAGGAAACAUGAUGAACUCGUCGCAGGGCACCGUGGGCAGCGAUCCCGUCAUCCUCGCCACCGCUGGGUAUGACCACACUGUGCGGUUCUGGCAAGCACAUAGCGGCAUCUGCACGCGGACUGUCCAGCACCAAGACUCUCAAGUGAAUUCUCUAGAAGUGACCCCGGAUCGAAGCAUGAUCGCAGCUGCAGGAUAUCAGCACAUCCGUAUGUACGACCUGAACUCCAACAACCCUAAUCCUGUUAUAAAUUAUGAUGGCGUCAGCAAGAACAUCACCUCUGUGGGGUUCCAUGAGGACGGGCGCUGGAUGUACACAGGUGGAGAGGACUGUAUGGCUCGGAUAUGGGACCUGAGGUCAAGAAAUCUUCAGUGUCAGCGAAUUUUCCAAGUGAACGCACCGAUCAAUUGUGUUUUUCUUCAUCCCAACCAGGCUGAACUCAUUGUGGGCGACCAGAGCGGAGCAAUUCACAUAUGGGACCUGAAAACCGAUCAGAACGAGCAGCUGAUUCCUGAGGCCGACGCGUCUGUCAAUUCUGUCCACAUAGACCCCGAUGCCAGUUACAUGGCCGCCGUGAACAGCUCUGGAAACUGCUUUGUAUGGAACCUGACAGGAGGCCUUGGUGAAGAUCUCACACAGCUCAUCCCUAAAACCAAAAUCCCUUCGCACAAGCGCUGCGCCCUCCGCUGUAAAUUCAGCCCGGAUUCCACGUUGCUGGCCACGUGCUCGGCUGACCAGACCUGCAAGAUAUGGAGGACCUCCAACUUCUCUCUGAUGACGGAGCUGAGUAUUAAGAGCAAUAACCCUGGAGAGACCUCACGGGGAUGGAUGUGGGACUGCGCCUUUUCCGGGGAUUCACAGUACAUAGUGACGGCUUCAUCUGAUAACCUGGCCCGGCUGUGGUGUGUGGAGACCGGAGAGAUCAAGAGGGAAUACAGCGGUCACCAGAAAGCGGUGGUCUGCCUGGCAUUUAAUGACAGCGUCCUGGGGUAACAUGGAGCCGCGACGGCAAACUAUAGAAUUACAUAAUGUAAGACUUUAUACCUCUCAGCUACACAGGACAAUGGACAAAAUGACUUUCCUCCUAGAUCAGGGUUUCCCAACCAGGGUGCCUACAGCUGUUGUAGAACUACAACUUCCAGCAUGCUCGGACAGCCGUUGGCGCUGACAUUCUGCUGUAUUUUGUGUUGGAUUUCGAUCUUAAAGGAAUUACAUAAUCCA